GAAAUGACCACAAGCAGUGAGGAUGUGUUGCUACAAAUGGGUGAGGUACGUUAUAAGAAAGGCGAUGGUACGCUCUAUGUUAUGAAUGAACGUCUGGCCUGGAUGGCGGAAAAUCGUGACACUGUUGCCGUGUCCCAUCGUUUUGCCGAUAUUAAAACUCAAAAAAUCUCACCGGAAGGCAAACCCAAAGUCCAGCUCCAGGUUGUUCUACACGAUGGCAAUACAUCAACAUUCCAUUUUGUCAAUCGUAAUGGUCAACAGGCUAUGUUGGCCGAUCGUGAUAAAGUCAAAGAACUGCUACAACAAUUACUGCCAAAUUUCAAGCGUAAAGUCGACAAGGAAUUGGAGGAGAAAAAUCGUAUAUUAUCGGAAAAUCCACAUUUAUUUCAAUUAUAUAAAGAUUUGGUUAUGACCCAGGUUCUGACCAGUGAUGAAUUUUGGAACACACAUGCAAAGGAGCACGCCCUAAAGAAAACCAAUAAGAAACAGAGUAUAGGUGUAUCGGGUGCCUUUCUUGCCGAUAUAAAACCCCAAACCGAUGGUUGUAAUGGUCUCAAAUAUAACCUGACCGAUGACAUUAUCCAUUGUAUAUUUAAAACAUAUCCCGCCGUUAAACGUAAACAUCAAGAAAAUGUACCUGCCAAAAUGAGUGAAGCUGAAUUCUGGACGAAAUUCUUCCAAUCACAUUAUUUUCAUCGUGAUCGUAUUACGGCCGGCACCAAAGAUAUAUUUGCCGAAUGUGGUAAAAUCGAUGAUCAGGCAUUGAAGGCUGCUGUGCAGCAAGGUGCCGGCGAUCCUCUGCUAGAUCUUAAACAAUUUGAAGAUGUGCCAUUGGAGGAGGGUUUCUGUAGUGUCUCAGGUGAUCGUAACAAUGUGAAUAGUGGAAAUAUUGUACAUCAAAAUAUGAUAAAACGAUUCAAUCAACAUUCAAUAAUGGUGUUGAAAACGUGUACAGAUGUAACGGGUGGCGCCGCGGGGACGGGCCCGUUAAAUAAUCAAAGUAAUGAUAAAACGACAGAGAAUGGCAGUGCCGAGAAGAAGCAAAAAGAAAAUACAACAAAUGGUGGCAAUGGGGUGCCGCCUGCCUCAGGAAGUCCAGAAAAACCUGCCAAAAGACAACGAAUUACAGAGAAAAUUAUCUAUGAAGAUUUGGGGGAACCAUUGCUGGUGCCCGAGGCCAAUAGUGCUGAGGCUAAGGCAAGAUCACAACAAAUAAAUCUCUGUAAAGUUGAACGUUACUUACAUGGACCCAUGCCAAGUGCCAAUUUUGAUACGCAUGAAGAUCCACGGCGCAUGGAAGAGAUACAAUAUCAUUUGUUAUGCUCCACAGAGAAUUGGAAUCAACGAGUACCUCAUAAAGUUUUAGUUAGUUCAACGGCAGCUGUUAAUGCACUGGGUGAGCUUAGUCCGGGUGGUGCGCUUAUGCGUGGCUUUCAAGAGCAGUCUGUAUCACAACUUGUACCACCGGAUUUUGAAAAAGAUUUAAGAAAUCUUUAUCUAGCUUUGUCGGAAUUGUUAAAACAUUUCUGGCAUUGUUUUCCACCCACCACUCAGGAAUUAGAGGCUAAGGCUGUGAGAAUGCAUGAGGCACUGCAACGAUUCAAAAUGGCCAAACUGCAGCCUUUUGAGGAUCGUUGCCAACAAAAAUUAUCACCCUUGGGCGGCACACUGACACAGCAUUUAAACCGUCUACUCCAAUCGGCCAAUACAAAAUUUGUAACAUGGCAGGAACGUAAAAUGCGCCAACAUAAAUAGUUUUUUGUUAUAUUUA